GCUCUCGCGCGGCCGCCAGUUCGCGUCGGAGCGUAGAGCAUGGUGGACGUACGUCUCUUUGCCGGCACACGUGACAACUUUCGUAAAAAAACGUUGUAAAUACUUUUUUUGAAAGUACCGCGGUGUUUGCGCGAGUGUCAACACGGUUUCUGUGUUCAGUGCAUUGAAUUUUCGUGAGAAAAAUAUUUUGUUUGUGUGCUUAUUUUGGAAUGUUGCAAAGAUCACAGGUAGUCGCGCGGUAGUGAGCGCGAAGUGAACGGAUUUCUAUACGAUUUAAGUGAACCCAGUGUACAGUGGUGAAAAAGUUUUAGUUCAGAAUAAUAAUUUAUAAAUUGAAAAUGUGUAAAAUGUGCUAGUUCACGAUGUCAACACGGUGGCGCUGCGGUCGCAUUACGUGACGUUUACAAUCCAAGAUGGCGGACUUGGGUCCCGCCAAUUCUAUCAUCGAGGGUACUGUGAAGUUUCGCGAUGGAAAAAAGUGGAAAUCGCGAUGGUGCGUCAUGCGAAAGUUGUCACCAGUUGCAGACUGCGUCCACCUGCAACUCUACAAAGACUUAAAAGAACGUCAGAAGAAUGGUCAGACGAAGGCUUCACUCUCCCUCCAGCAGUACCUGGGCAUAGAGUCAGGGUUCACCCUGGACAAGGAGUCCAAUACCCUGGCCAUAUUGUGUGAGGAUGUCGUCCCGGUGCUGGCGUUUGAUACCAGGGAGAUCCUGAUACAGUGGAGGGUCAAAGUCCAACACAACCUAGGCGGCAGCAAAGAGUUCGCAGCCGUCAUCAUCUCGUCGCCCACUGGGGCCAACAUACGCGCGGGCCCCGUCAGACUGCACGCGUGCGGGCCCCGGCUAGCGCUGUGUGCGUCGCGCCCGCCUGAAGUGUUAGCGUUGUGGGACGUCAAAUUGCUCAGACGCUACGGCGUGGUCGACAAACGUUUCUGCGUAGAAGGUGGCUCUCGUUGCGGUAAAGGUGAGGGCCUCUUCAUCUUCGCGGCGGAGGGAGGCCGGGAGUUGACGGAGCUACUCAACGUCUACAGCCAUGAGGCGCAGUCCAGGCUUAGCAUAGCUUCUAGAAGUGGAUCAGUUCUAGAAAAGCGUUUCUCAGACGCCAGUUCGUGCAUGGACGAGUGUUUCCACACAUCCAUGAGGUCUGUGUCUCCGUCGUGGGCAGGCCCGGCGAGUCAGACCAUGCACUGCCUGUCAGACCUGGACUCCAGCAUGGACAGUACCGAGGAGAAGUUCAGACGACCCACCUCGCUGCCACGGUGUUCCAGCUGCAUUGGGAAGAUCAGUCAUUUGACCAGAUCAUCAACAAUGAACACGCCAGGUUCCAUCAUGUCCCCAGUUUGGACAAUGGAUAACAUACUAGAAAAACGUUCAGACUCCGACCGAGCAUCAAUAUACUCUCGAUCCAGCGGCAGCGCCUCCGAGUACAGUGUACCACGCAGUGCGUGCCUUCUGGACAAGAGCUUCGAGUCCAAACGAGCAAGUCCAGUGGCUUGCUGUACACCAACUGUGCCAGCCAAGACUGGAGGCAGUUGCCAAUGCUGGCAGCAGGUCAAACCUUGCUGCUGCAGAAAGAAGUCCUUCAGUGGGCCUUACGAGAACUAUGACGUGCCCAAAACACCAAUGCCUCUUAUCCAGGAGCACCCAGUAGAUUCUCAAGCGGACCCCUCAAGUAUAUACGACACACCAAAGAAACUGAAAUGUCUGAUCAACGGGCAGCCGUGCACUUGCACACACGAAGCCAAAAACGUAGAAAACAAACAAACCGACAAUAACAACACGAGUGAUAAUAGCAAUACUAGCGAUACUAGCGUAAACAAUAACGAAGCCGAAACACAUUCCAACUAUGUCAACGUUACCCCAGUUGUAAAGAAACCAGUACCAGAGAUAGAUUUUGCAAACUACGCGAAUAUAGAUCUCUCGACUUUGGAGAAGUUCGAAAAUUCCCUGCAGAUCCUAAGGAGUGCAGGCUUCAGUCAGGAAGAGAUAGACGCUCUCGAAGACAUACCUGAACAUGACGAUGAUAUAUCAACAGCUACGACCAACACUGUUCAUCCGUCAACUGAAUGUUGUAACGAACACUUAAACUACAUGCACAUGGAACCUCUAGAGAUCAGCAUUUCUAGUAGCAAUAAGAAUUUUUCAGAUAAUGUGAGUCGGAUCAGUCACGUGUCAGAUCCUACUCAACAUUCUGAGUCAGACACCACGAUCAGUACUAGACGGUCGAGUUCUGCAGACUUUACUAAAAGACACGAUGAUGAAUAUGGUAUCAACAGCCAGAUCUGUUUCACGCCAACAGUACUACGAAAGGCUAUCAAAAGCGAUAGAAUAAACGAAGGAGUCCCAAUAAGUCUAGAAAUAAUCGAACCAAAAGACAAGUUCAAAGUACCGGAGCAGAAAAGCGAGAGUUUGCUUGUAACAAAGUUUAGAGACGCUGUCAAAAUAAGGCGAUCAUCGAGCGUGCCGAGCAAAUCUGAUAAAAACAGGGAUUCCUCCAGUUCAAACGAUUCUGGAGUAUCAACUGGUUCCUUGAAACAUCAUAAGGGAGAUUUCAAUGAAUUUGAGAUGCCUAUCACAAGUUCUAAGUCAAUAAAGAAGCAUAUAAAGAAUAAUAAGCAGAUGAGGAAGUCUCUGACCCCAGUGCAUGCGUUCGUCAAGUCCAACUCAUCGGAUCCUCUGAAGAACUUGACAUUUCAGUUUGAGGAGGUGGCGACGCUGACGAAAUCUAACUCCUGCGAUGUGGACACCUUGACCAGAAGGAAGAAGAGACCUGUGGAGACAGAUGUUACGGCAAGGCAUAGUCAGAUGACGACUAAAUCCACGUCCAGCGGUGCUUCCGAUACGUCAGACUACAUGGAGUCCCUGUCAGUAUCAUCAUUCAGUUCCUGCGAUGUGUCAGCAGAUAGGCACGUCACUAGGCCAAGGUCCGGCAAGGAGUAUGCGAGCAUCGAUAGAACAGCACUAGUUUAGGAUACGCAAUGUUGGAGUAUUGGCCCAAAGCUGGUCUGAUUGGUGGUGAAGCAUUUAUACAACUUGUACUUAUUUUUUUUUGUUUUUGAAAUAAACAUUGUAUUUUAAACUAAUUUAUUUCGAUUUUCUCCUUCAGUACUUCGUAAAAAAAGGUUCUAUAAACAAUAAAAGCCGAUCCUAAAAACACAGUAUAUCACAAAAGCGCCACCAAAGCGAUCAUAAAAAUAUCAUCUCGCUAAUGACGUUGGCUCAUGUCACCGAAGAUUUAUGAGUCAAACAUUUGCCAAACAUUCAUCCAAAUUAUUAGUUUGAACAACGGCACCUACCGCGUUUGUGACGCAGGAUUUAUCAAAUCAAGGACGUUUUUACUCUUUAUAAAUGGGAAUAAAAUGUCCGCCAUUUGUAAGGGAAAACUUAUUUUAUGGUAGUGUCUAUUUUAUCCCGGUUAUUACGUGUUGCCAGGGUAAUGCCACCAAAAACUUACUGUAAAAAAGUAGUCUUCAUUAAAAUAAGAACAAAAAGACAUCACUUCAUUUAAACAAAAACAUUUUUGACGACAUUUUAAAUGAAGUCCGCGGAAAUGUAACUUGUAAAUAGAAAUGUACAUAUAAUAAGUACAUACAGUUCAUACGUUUGUUCCUAUGUACAUAGUUUUAAGAUAUAUAGAAAAGCAGUUAUGGGCGAAUUUAGUUAUUUAGUAGCGUGCCAAAAAUAAAUGUAGCUGGCUAUAAACUGGUUUUGGGUAUUGUAAAAAUGAAACUGUACUUCAUUUAAGAAUAGUGUUUCAAAUAAAUGAACCUUCGAUUUAAAAUAAGUUAGUUUUGUGUUUCAUUUAAAAUGUAGCCGUGUAUAUUUUAAAUGUAAGUUACAUAUAGUUUGUAGACAUCAUUUAAUGUAUUAGGUACUUAAAUUAUUUGUGCCUUUACUUAAACAUGUGUUGCUAAAAUAUCGUCUUUCAUUUAUUUCUGUUACCUUCAAUUUAUUUACUUUAAAUGUAAGUUUUGAAUAAAGUACUAAGUAGUUUUAUAAAGCAGUAUAAAAAUGUGAAUAUUCAUACUUAGUAGGAGUUGGUUAAAGUCGCCUGUACGCAAUUUAUAAGCAAUAGACAAAGUUACGAAUAAAAUAGAUUAUUUAAAACUAAUUAAUCGUCACUCGAUACGAAGUGUCGUGACACCAUUUUGUACUAAAAGCUAAAUUAUAUUUAUCGGUUUUUACAACAAUAUGACUUUAAAAUCAAAUCAUUCUUUGUAAUUUAUUGGAAACUUAGGAUUUUUAGGUCAGACAUAAAAUAAAUUACUGGUAGGAUUUUUAUAAAAAUUGCAAUCAUACAAACAUAUUCCUGCCAAAAAUAAUUAAUUCUUCGAAAUAAAUUCUUAGGUUACUUCUCGUGAAAUAUUGUAUGUUUUUCAGAGACAAAUCGCUACUUAUUUUUUUUAAAGUACACUAUGAAUAAUAUUUUCUAUGUCAAUCAUUUCUAAACAAGAAGUACAAUAAAAAGUUGUACUAUAAAUGUGGAAUAGUUUUGAAAAAAAAAAUCAGAAGUUUUAUUUAUUAACAGAAAAAAGAAUAUAGCACCUAAGACAUUUUCCCAUAUAAAUAAAUAUGAAAAUGUGGGCUUUCGUCGCCCUAUGGAUGACACUUUUAAAUUAAUUGUAACAGAUACCAAAAUCUUGAUACAAUACAAAUAUGUGGCCACAUUUGAAACAUACCACGCAAAUCUUUGGCCAAAAGAAGAACUUAAAAUGUAUCCUAUAUGUUACAAGUUUUAUUCUUUAACAAACUUUGUUUAGUUUAUAAGGAGUUUAUUAUUAAAAAGUUUUGUCUCUGAAUAUUGGUUAGCCGGUACGUUACUUCGUCUAGUCAACGGAUGUGUGGUGACCAUGAUUACUUGAUUUUUGGGACAAAAAUAUCAACGUUUAAUGAAAAAUUGCAUGUAAUUCAAAAGAACCUAACACAAGACUGUAAACGACUUAUAAUUUUUAUUACUAAUGACAAAUUAAGGUUUAAAUAAAAUACGUACACAUUAUAUGCGUUCCAUAGAUAAUCUAGGCACGCCAUCUUGAAUUGGUACUCAUUAUAAAGGGCGGGAAACAUGGUCCAUUGUGUAAACACCAGUGAUUGUGGUCAUCACAUUUAAUGGUUUAUUUUUGCACGGAAUGGAAUGUUAACAGCACACUAUAUUAUACUUAUAUACAUAAAUGUAUAUCUACAUAAGUACCAUAGUUAAUUUUGUGUAAAAAUAUCAUAUUUUCUUAAGAAGUUUUUACGUUGCAAACUGUAUUACAUUAUAAAAAGGUUUUGUAAUAUUUAAUAGCAACUGAAAAUAUAAAAUAUAGUGCAUUUUGAAUGAA